CCUUCCGAGCCGAUUGUUGAUCACAAAGUCUUGUCUGCACUCAAAAAGGAGAUUUCCUGCAAUUGUUUUGCAGGACUUGCAGCUUGAUGCAAAAUUUUCUGCCUAUCAGCCCCCUCCCCAGCGCCGGGGCAAGGCUCGAGCUCCCUCCCUUCCCCUGUAAAACUUCCAGACAAUCACAGCUCGAUGAUUAAUUGCUGCCCGGCCAGAGGUGUUUCUGUGGCGAUAGCCAUCUGCCAUCAAGUCCUGCAACAGCUCGGAGCGACGGGCAGCACUGACCCAGUAGAGACAUUCGUUUUUGGCCCCUUUUUCCCCAAAGGAGAGCCUGAGCUCACCCCGGCACUGCGUGAGCAUCAGGGACGGGCAGGGGCACGUUCGCCUUAACGCCCCGGGACUCCCAGAGCCAGGGGGUGACCUGGCUCAGCUGGGUCCAUCCCAGAGGAUGCAUUUUCCCCUCCUGCCCACAGCUGCAGCGGGACCCAGGCAGGAUCCAGCCCCCGAGACCCGUGGGGCCACAGCAGCCGGGUCCUGCGGGAGUGACGGUGGAGGGGUCCUGCCCUGGGGGAGCCCCGCUCCAUCCUCAGGCACCCGCAGCUUCGACACCGACACCUGCCCGGGGCCUCCCCAUGCCCAUCCCCAGCCCUGCGGCAAAAUCAAACGGGAGUUAAGCCCCAGGGCUGGAAAUCGAGUCAAAUGUCACCCGCGCUGGGCUGUCUCAGGAUGUCAGACCACGAUGGUCAUUUCCUGCCGGGAAGCAGCCAACAAGCCCACCCCGAGCUCCGUGUUGCUGCCACCGCUCCGCUCUCCCAGAGGCACACGAGCUGCUGAGCCGAGAGGAUCGCCGCGCUCCCCAAGCAGCCCCUCCACGCAGCCUUCGGCUCUGCCGCCGCUACCAGGAUGGCUGAGGUGACCACUGCCCCCACCGAGGCGCACACUUUCCUGAACGAGUACGGGGACUACCACAACUGGUCCGAGCUGUUCCACCUCCUGAACUACACCUACACCUUCUGCGAGUUCAGCCUGGAUGAGAACGUCAAGCGGGUGAUCCUCUUCAUCCUUUACCUGGUCAUCUUCGUGGUGGGCUUGGUGGAGAACCUCCUUGUCAUCUGGGUCAACUGGCAGACACGGGGCAACAAGAGCCUGGUCAACCUCUACAUCAUCAACAUGGCCAUUGCCGACCUCGGAGUGCUGCUCUCGCUGCCCAUCUGGAUGCUGGAGGUGAUGCUGGAUUACACCUGGCUCUGGGGCAGCUUCCUCUGCCGCUUCACGCACUACUUCUACUUUGCCAACAUGUACGCCAGCAUCUUCCUCCUCACCUGCCUGAGCGUGGAUCGCUACGUGUCCCUGACCAGCUCCUCCCUCUUCUGGCGUAAGCACCAGCACCGCGCACGUCGCAUCAUCUGCGCCUGCAGUUGGGUCUUGGCAGCAGCGAUCCCGUUCCUGGAGGUUGCUCACAUGCAGCUGGUCAAUACCGGAGACCCCAUCUGCAUCUUCAUGGCCCCCUUCGAGACCUACGACGAGUGGGCGCUGGCGGUCAGCUUGGCCACCACCACCAUUGGGUUCCUCAUCCCCUUCCCCAUCAUCACCAUUUUCAACAUCCUGACGGCCAGGUUCAUCAAGCGCACCAAGCCAGAGAGCAGGAAGCACUGUCUGCUCAUCUACGCCUACAUCGCCGUGUUCCUCAUCAGCUGGCUGCCCUUCCACGUCAUGCUCACACUGCUCACCCUCGACGGCAACCACAUCAUCCUCCACUGCACCUUCGCCCACUUCCUCUACUUCUUCUACGACAUCAUAGACUGCUUCACCCUGCUCCACUGCGUGAUUAACCCAAUCCUCUACAACUUCCUCAGCAAAAACUUCCGCAGCAAGCUCAUCUCCGCCGUGGUUAAGUACAUCCCCAAAGACCAGGGCAGCCAGAAGGGCGCAGACAAUUCCUCCUCCACCACGCAGCACUCCAUAGUCAUCACAAAGGACAACCACCCUCCCAAUUAAGGGGGAUCGGACUCUCACUCGUCACUGGCAAGUGGCUGUGGGGGCUGCAGCUCCCUGCACUCGCUGAGGUCAGUAAGAUUAUUGUCCCUGGUGAUAAGCAGACACUUUGCUUUUAAACAACGCUUCCUGGCUGGCCACCUCCUGUGCUCUGAAGGCAGGGCAGGGUGCCAAACGUGAAAUGAGACGGUGCAGGGAGCUGCUGACAUCUUGCCUCUGAUGUGCUGCUGUAUCAGAUCUAUUUAGCUAAAGAAAGAAUACGAGAAAGAGAUAUUUCCUGUUUUCCGAAACACUUGCAGUAAUAAAGUGCAUUACUCUGCCUGCUCAGAAAUCUGAACACAAACCCGGCCCCUGGGACCCGACCCCCGUACCCCUCCCGAGCCGUGGGGCUGGGGGCACGCCAUCCCUCCCCUUCACCGCAAGUUCUUCUGCAGCCCCCCCACCCUCGCUUACGCGCGUGCCCCGGACACCCCGCGCUGCAGAGGUGUCUGGCGAACGCUGCCCCUCCGCCGCGACGCCAUCCCAAGCAGGAGAGAGGAAAUGCCUUCCUUUGAAACACAAACCUCUCCUCCGGCACACGGCCAAAAGCCUGAUUUUACAGAAAUGAAGGCAACACACCCCCGAGGGGCUGAGCGCGACGCAGACCCGAGCUUUAAUGAGGGGAGGAACAAUUCCAGAUCAGCAACUCGCUGAAGGCGAUUUUGCAAACCUGGCAGUAAAUUAGCGGUGAUUAAAACUGGGUUCGACUGGGCACGGCUGUUUCCAAACGUGCCCGGUGGCAGCAGAGGCAGGGUUCCCAGUUUGCGUUUUGCAGCAGGAGACCCAUCCCAUUAAACCCAGUCUCCUUUAGAGCAUCUCCCGGCAGGUUUCUGAGGCCACCGGGUGCGUUUCUAAACGUCGGCAGACUCCGUCAGCCCUUCACGCGCGCUCCCUUUCAAUCAAAACCGCACUGAAGCACGCCCCGUGGGAACGCGUCCGCGUGCAGAAACCCUCGGAGCCGGAGCACGUGCUGGGCUUUUGGCUGCGUAAGAAACUGGAGCAUCCGGAGAAAGUUCAUCCUUGUCCGGAUUCUGCUAAGUCACGUGCUGCGGGUCAAGCCCUCGGCAGGGGAAGGUGAAAGCGACAGUCACUGGAAGGGAGUCCAUAAAUCUACCAAAGGCCUUGAGCUGCUCGAGAAACACAUUUUUUAAAAAAAAGCAAAGCAUAAGCAAAUCUAGAGACAGGAUGCUCGCAGCGCAGCGCGGUGGGUGGGGAGCAGGAUGUCCCGGGCUGCGGGAGAAGCCCACGACCGGGGGUCAACACGGACGCUCGGUUAUCACGGGACUGGCAGGGAACGGCUCUGCUAUUUAGGGUAAAUCACUCAAUACUUCACAGGACAACUUGUGCGCAGAGACGUUCCUUCUCACUCCCAGGACACGCUUGCGUUGGCAGAAAAAGCCAAAUCCAUCUCUUACAGAGAAAUAUUUUGUGCCGCAGCUGGGGAAGAAGCCCGUCCCCGCAGACACAGCAGCACCCUCUCGAGGGAAGCAACGCGCGGCCGUUCCUCUUCCUCCGUUACGUUACUUACGCACAGCGUCACAACUUGAGAGCGCAGGGCCACUUAGAGCGUGAGUCCUCCGGGGCAGAGGCUGUCCUUCGGGAUCCGCACCGACACGGGGCCUCACCGCUGCCGUCCCCGAGACCCCCCGGGGCACAACACACGCAGCGACGCCAAGCAGCCCCAGAACUGGCCGGUGAACGCGAAGGCAGCUUCAGGCUGACACGACCCACAGCUCCGAUCCCGAACCUUCCCUACGGCUUCCCUUUGCUAAUACCCGGCCGUCUCAACGAAGACGUGGGAGAUAAAUCCACAAUAACAAGAGACUUGAGGUGAGCCGUAACCAGGACAGCAGCAUACUCAAUUUCAAGUUACUUAAACAUGUAAAACUUGGUAUUUGACCUAUUAAACUUGUGGGUUUUUAACUCU